AUCAGACACAUUAAGGAUGGAAUAGUUUAGUAAUUAAAAUUGUUGGGCUUUAAAAAUGGCUGCCAUGUCAAAUAAUUAAAUGAUGUAUAACAUAGAAAUUGCUUUUUUUGUAGGUCAGAGCUAUGUUCACAUGAAAUGAAAUAUUCUCGGGUGAUGAACUUCACAUUAAAGAGACUUGUGGGGAAUGAUGAGGCUUGUUUCCAUGGUGACGCAGCGACUCGGCUGCGUUUUACCACGGCAAGCUGCAGCUUAGCUUUACUUCUCAGGGAUAGCUACCGUUAACCAAGUAACAUUUCACCAUGGUGGGGUUUAUUUAUAUAGUAAGGUAAUAUCAGUACAUAUUUAGGCAGUAACUCAAACAUGAUGGCCUACAGGGUAAACGCAUCGAUACCAACCGCAAAGACUUUAAUAUCCGAGGGUAGCUCGAGUUGCAGCCAGCGCGGCCCUGAUGCACCUGGAUACCAAACGUACAGGACCUUCGGGAUGGGAGCAGGUGGAGGACGAGCAACAUUCAGGCAAAAUCAAAUGAAGUUUCCUGUAAUGCAACCACUGAGCAGCUACAGGGAUGGUAAAACCUUGCUGAGCGGAUUCGUAGUUGGAGGGACACCAAACUUACCUGAAGACAACAAACUCGAGUCAGAGAACAUUAUUCAAGAGACGGACAACUGUGGGAGGCACUUCCUGUUUGAUAAAUCAUGUGUGAGGUUAGAGAGGACCCGGACCGCAAUUCCUCCACUGCCAAGAGACUACCCUGUACACAGACUUGCUGACCUGCAUCCCUUCAAUCUCUCCAAGGAGCUGUCCCGCAGCCAUGCAGGGCAGCCCUUCACCCUCGGUUACCCCAGAAGAUAUGAGGUAAACACCAGUCCAGCCAUCCUCUUUCCCACCACUUUAGUCCUGAAUGGCAGAAAUGCCUUCACAGUGGCGAACUCCAAGCUCAGCCGGCCUAAGGUGAAUUAUCCAACCUACCACCCAAUGACUGUUAAAGACAAUCAGAAAAGCCAGUCCUAUCAGGACCCAAUGAUCGGAGCCCCUCGCUCUUUUAUCCACCGAAUAUCCGAACUAUCUUCUUUGGAAGGGGAGACAGUGAGACAAGAAAAUCUCAAGAAAAUGAGGAAAUCUAGAAAACCUCCAUCCUGACAAUCACCUCCUUCCGAAUCCCAGCAGUCCAGGAUAAAAACGUUUGAGUCUGUGCCAACAUCUGAACAAAUUAAAACACUGAGGGCACCUUGUUCAUUUCAGUGGCUGGUCCUGACUGCAUGUUUGUCCUCUGUGAUAUUGGUCAGCUGCUUGGCAUGGCUGAUCUUCACAUUUUGGGAUUCCUGACCCUUUUUCCAGUGAUUACGAGUAGUGUUGACUGGUAAAUUGCAGCGUUUGCGUUAACAAUACAUGCCGGUGACUCCUUUUAAGUAAAUAUCCUCUAGCCUGGCACACAGUUGUCGGUAGGUUUCCUCCCAACAUCUGCAUGAAGAGAUAUUUUAUUCAACUUUCAAAUGGCUUGUAAUGGUUGUUUAGUAACACUGCCAUACGUUUCUCUGUAUGAUCAGUAUGCUGCGAAUGUUGUCCAGCUUGAGUCUCGAAUUACAGCAGACAUUUCAAAUCCAUAUUUCCGCUUUGUUUAGUAAGUAAAAUAUCCAGUAUAUGUACAUACUGCAUAGUUGAACAAAAUCCUUAUUGUGCCUUGUUAAAUGUCUUCCUAAAAUAAAUAAAUUUAUUUUUGUUAUUUUAAA